CUCUGCCUCUGGUCUUCCGUUUCCGGUCUGGGGCGGAAGUGGCUCGCUAUUCCUUCUGGGAGGGUUCCUUGGCGCCAGCGGCAAUGGCGGACGAGAAAGGGGCGUCCUCUUCACCCAAGUCCGCCUCGCCCAAGUCCGCCGCUCCUGGGCAGCUUCGGCAGAAGCGAAAGCAGCAACAGCGCCGCCGUCGCCCGUUACCGUGGAUCCGGAGGGAGAAGGCGGCAGCGGAGGGAGGAGGAGAAGGAGAGAGGCGAUGGCUUCUUCCUCCUCCGCCUCCGCCGCCGCCUUUCCCUCCGCCGGAGUGGGAGGGAGGAGAAGGACCCUGGGCGGCCCCUGAGAGAGGAGGAGGCAGGGGGAGAGGGCGCCCCGGGAAAAGAAGCCGAGGAGGGCCCCGUGGGCGGGGCGGCAGGGGUGGGAGGCCCUGGCGGGGAAGGAGAGGGGGGCCCUGGGGACCCCCCGGGAUGGACGAAGGGCCCCCAGCGGAGUGGGAGGGCAGAGGUGGGCCCUGGGGCCCCCCUGAUGGAGAGGGCAGAGGGUCUUGGGGCCCCGGGGAGCGGCCCUGGGACGACUGGGAUGAAAGGCACCCCUGGGGGCCCGCGGAGGAAGACAUGGGGCCGCCACCGUGGGCCCCCCCUGAAAUGGAUGAGAGAGAACAGCCCUGGGGCCCUCCUGAAAUGGAUGGCGGGCCCCCGCCAGGGAGGGCAAGAGGAGGAGGGCCUUGGGCUCCCUCAGAGGAAGAGCAGCCCUGGGGGGGCCCUGAAAUGGAUGAGAGGCCCCCGCCCCCCAAGAGGGAAGGGAGAGGAAGAGGAGGGCGCUGGGCUCCUCCCGAAAGGGGGAGCAGGGAGAGGUCUUGGCCCCCCCCAGAGAGAGAGAGCAGGGGCCGCUCCAGGGAACCCCCCGAAAGGAACGGCCGAGGGCCCCCCCGAGAGGGAAGGCAGGGAACCCUCCAGGGGCUCUCCCAGGAGAGGCAUCAGCCCCACCAGGGAAGUGUGGGCUCCCCCCCAAGAAGGGCUGUGGGGGGGACCGGACCCUGAGAUGCACCGGAGCAGCCUUCCGAGCAGCUUGGGAUGGGAGCCCCACAGAGAAGCCCAGAGAAGCAGGUGGGGCAGCCCCAGGGAAGAAGCCAGGCAGGGGCUGUCUGCUAGGGAGAGCCGAGCACCCCUGAGGGGACUGGGACCAGCCAAGCCUUGGAGAGGCCGGUCAGAGAGCCCCACUGAGGAGAGAGAAAGGAGCCACCCCCCAGAGAAGCUGAGGAGGAUUCUGUUGGGUGGUCCAGAAGGAAGGGAAGGAGAGCAAGUGCCUUCCGGCAGGAGCCAAAUGGGCCAGGACAGCCUAGAAUGGCUCAGGAGGCAGCAGGAUCCCAACAGGGCCUGGAGGGAAGGCUCCGGGGAGCACAGCUACCGUUCUAGGUAUCAGCCCCAGCUGGAGGCCAUAGGGAUUGGGGGCCAGUGGAGUGGCCUCGAGGCGAUGGAAGGAGAGCUCCCUGGCCCCUCCAGAGAAGAAUGGGACUGGGACAGGCCAAGGUGGCAGACUGCAGAGGAAAGGGACCAGUACAGCCCAAAGUGGGAAGAAGGGCGGGAACGUUUCAGGGGUCAAAGUCCAUUGGAGCAGAGGGGAAGGGGGCACCUGAGCCAUUAUGAUAGGGAGAGUGCCACAGAGUCACCACACAGGCAGUGGCAUCCUGAAGGUCAUCUGGCAAGUUUUCAAGGAGGAUGGGGUCCCAGAGGAGGCAGAGUUGAUAAAGAGAUUGAGCAGGAUUGGAAGAAAGAGGAGGGCCAUGGUGGAGGUGAAGGAGACCUCAAUGCAAACACCUUUACUGCCGGCCCUCCUCCUGUCCCCAAAGAGUGGACGCCGUGUGAGCAGGUGCUAAGUUUCUGGGAGCGAUGUAGAACUGUCUUGAAGAAAAAAACCCGGAGGUAUAUGCUCUCCACCUGCCCCCGGCCCACCCUGCCUGACAGGUCCAGCGAGACCCCUGAGCUGAACAGCUCUGUCUCAGCCAUGCUGAAGCCCCAGCAACAGAAGGAGAUUGCAUGCGCGACCCGCUCUCUGCACUCCCUCCAAGAUGAGGUGCUGGACAUGCUGGGGCCAGCCAUGACAGUCUACGAAAUGGCAGAGGAGGCGCUGGCAAAGGGCGAGGCGGUGGAUCCCAUGGAGCUCCGGGAGUGGGCCCGUUGCCUGGUCCGCUUUAUCGGCAGCAUCAACGAGAAUCUCACCUUGCAGCGCCGUGUUGUAGUCCUCGGUGCCAUCCACCCACGGCUCAAGUGUGUGACGACCAAAAUGACCAGCCAGAGCACAGGCGGUCUGCUCUUUGCAGAAGACAAAGUGAAGCUCCUGAAGGAGAUCAUCAAGAGAUUCCCACAACUGGCACAGAACCCCCAGGCCCCCAGAAGGGCCCACCCUUUUCUCAGGCCUCCGUACAGUAGGCGAAGAGUCCCUGUGAGGUCUGCUUCUCGCCACUCACACAGUGCUGAGAAGCCUUACAGGCGAAGCCCAGCCGACCAGCAUGAGGAGGAACACCACUGAAGAGCGGUCAGAGGCAGGAUCCCGGCAGAGCUGUGCCCAGGACCCCAGGAGGCACUUGCUGGGCUCUCUCCUGGCACCCCAGCAGCUGCCUCUACUGGGUCCUUGCCAGAUGCCAGAAAAGCACCCACACAUCCCACCCUUCCCUCCUGGAGGUAAAAGGACCCACCGCACACUAAGAAUGCCUGGCCAGACUCCACUUCUUGCAUUCUGGAUGGAACUGGACAUCGUGGGCCGGUAUCAAGGUUGUGUGGCUCUGUGGUCAAGCCUUGAUCCAGCAGGCUUUGAGCCAGAGCCCUCUCUACCUGUACCCCAGAAACCUCCUGCUUAGGAGGAAGGGUUGAUCUUAUCACAGGAGGAGUUUGGUCUUACCACCACCACCCUCCAUGGCUACACAAGGCACCUCCACUUAGAAAGGUUGCAGUGGAGAAGUAGUAGCCACACAAAAGCCGCCAUGUUGAGAACUUGAAGCCCUUCUAUUGGCGAAAGGGCCACACUUCCUGGAAUAAAACUGGUCCUCUUUUUCUAUCGGGUGCUCUUCACAUAUCCCACAGUUUCUCUUCUCAGCUUGCAGGAGAGAAUCCAGAAAAGAUGCCCUGGGUUGAAGCAAAGCAGCAACUAAGCCAGAAAUCUUGUUAUGGAUCUUGUUAUCCCUUUUGUCUUUCUCCUCUCCCUUCCCCUGAUUCAACCCCCAGUGGCAGAAAGAGACCUCCAGGGGAGUCUGUAAUGGGCCCCAUUAGUUCUCUGGGCAGUGGGAACAGCCUUCCUCCUCUCCCUUGUAGCCAUGGGGCUCUGGAGAGGAGCAGAGUAGUUUUUAGUUCAUGUUGACCAGUUCAAGUUCAGUUCCUGAAAAAUGUUUGAUGGCUCAGAGCAAGAUUUCCAGAAUGGGAUCACAACAUUGUCGGAGAUGAAGCCAUCCCCAUCCUUUUGCCUUCUCCUGAGCCGUUGUUAAAUAUCUGCUUUAAAUAAAUGUUGACUUGUUUUGAAA